CUAUGUUUCGUUCAAGAAUUCCCCGAUUAUGAUUGUCCACUCAACAAUCCUUCAUGCAUGUGUUCGAAUGCCAAUCUCACGACUGCGAUUUCGGCGUGUACGUUUGCGAAUUGUACGACUCCGGAGCAAUUGUUCGUCGAGAGAAUCUCCAAGAGACUUUGUGGUGCUACGGUUCGAAAUAGGGCGCCUGUGAUACGUCGGAUUACGUGGUCGCUGUUUGGAUUGGCGUGUUUGUUUGUUGGGGCGCGGUUUGUAGCUCGUCCGGAACGAUUGCAUGGGAGUGGUUAUGGAAAGGAUGACUGGACCAUUCUCGCCUGCAUGGCACUGCUGGUUCCCGUGAAUUCGUUUGUCGAGCUAAUGACGAACAACGGUCUCGGCACGGACAAUUUCACCUUGUCCCCGCGACAGAUUACGCUGUUCCUCAAGUACUUCUUCGUCUUCACCAUCCUCUACACCGUCCUCGUCAUGCUCACCAAAGUCUCGAUCUUGCAACUCUAUCUGCGAAUUUGGAGUGAGGACGCUGUAUCCAUCUGGUUUCGUCGAACUUGCUGGUUUCUGGUCGCCGUCCAUCUGGUCACGAUUCUGGCGUUUGUGUUUUCCGAAAUCUUCAUCUGCUCACCCGUCCCAUAUUCGUGGCACUUCUGGGAUGGACUUCAUCAGGGCAGUUGUGCCAAUCGAGCCGCGCAGCUCUACGCUCUGGGUGCCAUUAACAUCUGUUACGAUGUGGUGGUCUUCAUCUUGCCGUUGCACAAUUUUCUCAAACUCAACAUCUCCUGGCGAAGAAAGACGGGAGUCCUCACCAUUUUCAUGGUUGGCAUGUUAGUCACCAUCUGCAGUAUUAUCCGUCUCCAAUACCUCGUCAAAAUCGGCCACUCCUCCAACCCCACCUGGGAAUACAGCAACGCCGUCAUCUGGUCCUCGGUCGAAUGCAAUUUCAGCGUCAUUUGCACCUGCAUGCCCGCCAUGGCCGGUCUCCUCCAACGCAUCUGGGCCAAAUUAUCCGGC